UCGAUAUUUACAUGAAGUAUAACCAUACUGUGUUAAAACUCGGUAGAAUAUUCACCUGUGACUCAGGUCACAUUGUAACCACAACAACUUAACAACUUGUGCAAAUGCAUAAUUUCGUAUAUUUCGUUUAAAAAUGCACUCAAUGAUUAGAAGUAUACGAACAAUCAGGAUACUGUGUUUGAAGUGAUACUAGAAUACGAAAAUAUUGAUCAGCUGAUUAUGACAUCCGUGACUAUUUAUGAACAUACAUUUUGAAAAUAGCUAGAUGAGUGCUUAUAGUAGUACACGAAUGCAAUUGAUAUACUUCAUGCAGAAGUUGCCGGUCAAGGUGUCUGUAUUGAUCAGUGUUGCCGGGGUGGUGUGUUGUGUCCUGGGGCUGGCCACCUCCUACUGGCUGUCCCGUCUAAGUUUCCACCAAGGACUGUGGACGUACUGCAGAUACGAGAUUCAUACGGAUGGUAAAUGGAUAUGCCUUGAACUUUACAAACAGCUGGAUGCAGGCGGUGAGGGUAUUGGAGAUCAUACCAGUGGUCAGUGCGUUGGUCAGUAUUGUCCUCCUACUUGUCUACAUCAGACAGAACGAUGGUCGGCGAAACCUUGUCCGCAUACGGAUUGCCGUAUGCUUAUUAUUUUUUCCGGCGUCCUAUGUUUGGCGGGAAUUACCCUGUACGCCAUUCAAAAGAACGUGGGACAUUUUGACGGAAAAAGUGACUCAAAAAACAAGUAUAAUUUUGGCUGGUCCUUCAUAGUAACAGUUGUCGGCGGAUCACUCAACAUUUUGUCAUCUUGGCCUUUAACACUUGAAAUACGCAGAAAUUAUAUUCUAGGAACUUAUGAAUCCAUUUAAUGAACAAAGUAUCUACAUUGCGAAAGCUUACAUUGCAACUAAAAUUAAUGUACUUGUAUAUUGUUCUACAUAGUAUUAAGCUGGACUUUUCGAAGAAUAAGCAGAGCUUUACUAUUAACCCUGGCGUCGGCGCCGGCGUCACACCAUGGUAAAACUUUUGCAUGUGAUAAGUUAAUCUCAGCAAUAAUCUGACUAGUGCAUUGAGACUUAAUCCAACGAUAAUCUACAAUUGGACCUACUUUAUCAAGUUAGAUAACUCUAUUUUGUAGGUAAUGCAAAUUAUGGCCCUUUGUUACUCGUCUUAGAAAUUCUGGUAUUGCAUUGAAAUUUUGGACGAGAGCUCCCGACUCUUCAGUGUACGUUAUUAUGUAAGGGAGACAACUCAGCUUUGCAUUUAAUGCAAAUUAUGGCCAUUAUUAUUCAAUUUAGAAUGUUUUGUUAUGUUUUUGCAUGUCCAUUCAACCUUAUCAACCUUACCAAGUCUGAUAAUUGUAUUUUGCAUAUAAUGCAAUUUCUGCCCCUUCAUAAUUUAAUUUAGAAAAUCAGGUUAUUUUUGCUUAUGUUAGCUUGAAACUACUAUAUAUGUAUGUAUAUAUUUUUGCUUGAAGGCACAGAUUUAUAUGUGGUAUGAACUAUUAUAGCAUAGCUUCAAAUGAGAAUCAACUGACAGUGUAAGUGCUUUAUAAAUGAGAGUUUGAGACUAAUUUGUAAGUGAUCAAUGCUGCAUUUUUGUCUAUAUAAGAAAACUCAUUGGAUGUUAAAUUAUUGCGUAUUUACAUUCCGUUUUUUAUACAGUUUAAACUUUUGUAAAUUAUGUUUGCACUACACUUUCUUGUUUAGUUUCUUCUGAUAUUAUUUCAUAUUUUGAUAAAACAAGUUUUUCCAUAUCUUUAUAAAACGAGUUUGUUUA